AAGGCUUCGUCGGUUGCCAGUGCGCGUAAAUACUUGAGCGGAAAUGAGCAACAAGACCACUUGACUCCCGCAUAACAGCCGCCUCGUUGCCACGCACUUUUCCAGCCCCACGACAAAAGUGAAAGCAUGGAUAGCAGCUGCGAGACGAUCAAACAUCACUUUUAACGCCAUCACCUGCUACAUGUUGGUGUGUUCACGGCAUUAUCAGCCUGAUAACGGGCUAAGAAGAUGGCAACCAUGCUCCAGGAAAUCAAGGAGAUUGGCUCGCACGCUAUAGAUAUCUAUGACUACCUCGUGGCGGGAAUUGAUCAUCGACUGAAGGUUUAUCCGCUGAUGCAGAGCCCCAUUCCCAUGACUGUAAUUUUGCUGUGCUACCUGUUCUUUGUACUGUACCUGGGCCCUCGCAUCAUGGCCCAUCGCAAGCCCUUCCAUCUCAAGGAAGCCAUGAUAGUCUAUAACUUUUUGCUAGUGGCACUGUCCAUAUACAUUGUCUAUGAGUUCCUGAUGUCCGGCUGGGCCACGACGUAUACUUGGCGAUGUGACGCAAUCGACGUGUCGGACAGCCCUCAAGCAAUAAGAAUGGUCCAAGUGGCUUGGCUGUUCUGGUUCUCCAAGAUCAUUGAGCUCAUGGACACUAUUUUCUUCGUAUUGAGGAAAAAGAGCGGCCAGAUCACAUUCUUGCACAUCUUCCACCACUCCUUCAUGCCUUGGACCUGGUGGUGGGGAGUCGGCUACGCUCCUGGUGGAAUGGGUUCCUUCCACGCCAUGGUCAACUCAUCCGUCCACAUCAUCAUGUACUUUUACUACGGCCUCGCCGCCGCCGGGCCUCGCUUCCAGAAGUUCCUGUGGUGGAAGAAAUACAUGACCGCCAUUCAACUCAUCCAGUUCGUCCUGGUGUCCCUUCACGCCACCCAGUAUUACUUCAUGGACCGCUGCGACUACCAGUUCCCGCUCUUCAUCCACUUGGUGUGGAUUUACGGCACCUUCUUCUUCAUGCUCUUCUCCAACUUCUGGGUGCAGGCGUAUGUGAAGGGCAAGCGGCUUCCCAAGCAGGGCGUCCAACCGUGUCUGAACGGCGCGGCCGCCGUCUACGCCAACGGCAAGCACCACGAGAACGGCGUCAAGCACGGCACCUGCAACGGCUCGGCCCACCACGAAAACGGCAGCGCGCUCAUGGGCAAGAUGAAGAAGGCCUAGGACGCCGGUGAAGAAACGCCCAAAAAGUAUGACCUGGUCAACAUGUCCAAACUACCAAAGAGCAUUUUGGCGGUUUCUUAUUUUUUUUGUGCUUAUAAUUUAGAAUGGCAAAACGUGGAGAGAGAGAGCGCGCGAUUGAUGACUUCCACGGUGGGGGUUCCACCUUGUGGUUGGUUAGGGUGUCUCUCCAGAGUUCUGGAGAAGCAUCUAUUAAACACGAUGUAUGAAGGGAAGAUGUUUAAUGGUUAAUCUUCACUGAUGUUGCAAACAUCGAGUAUCACACUGGUUCAACCCGCACGCACACGCUUACUCACUACUUAUGACACCCCCCACCCAUGACAUAAUGUACAGAAUACUUGUUUUGUAAAUAGUUUUACAACAAAACUAAUUGUAUUGGUAUGCUUUAUCAUUUCUAAAUUGUCACGUUGUCUAUUUAAAAUAAAAUAAAAUGCCAAUAAAAGCUCUUUUAAAUUAUCUUAUA